UCACGAAUCAUUAUUGAGCAUCAAAUCCUACAAUUUGAAGAAUACCCUGUUUCGUGAAUCAUCCAAAAGCUAAACACUUUAAUCUUAAAGUUUCAACCUUUGAACCCUAAUUACAUAUAUGUCUGUUUCUCUCUCCCAUAACCAGUUCAUGUUUAAGGAAGGAUCAAAUCCUGUAAUUUGAAACAUACCCUGUUCGUGAAUCAUUCAAAAGCUAAAUCCUUUGUUCUUAAAGAUUCAACCUUUGAACCCCAAUUCUAUAUACAAUCAAGGCAUGUCAAUAGGUUUCCCUCAGCCAAUAUUUCCAGAUCAAGAACACUUAAAAUGCCCACGUUGUGAUUCUAUGAACACCAAGUUCUGUUAUUACAACAAUUACAAUCUCUCUCAACCGCGCUAUCUCUGCAAGAAUUGUCGACGCUAUUGGACCAAAGGUGGCGUUCUACGUAACAUUCCCGUCGGCGGCGGAUCACGAAAGAACGCCAAACGUAGUUCCGUCAAGAAACAAGCAUCGUCGGAUCCGCGGCCGCGUUCGCUCGACGCAAACGCGAGUUUCAAUCCGUUUCGGGUUGGGAAUUUAUUUGACGGGUCGAGUUCGGAUGGGGCGGAAGUGAAUUUUCAUGUCGGCGGCGCGAACAGUUCCGUCAAUGAAGGCGGCGGUGUCGGUGUCGGUGGUGAUUUUAAUGGCGGUUGGACUGAUCCUUCCAUUUACACACUAGGUUCUACUUAUCAACAGUAACCAAAUCUAAAGACAUCUUAAUUAGAAUUUUUUAUUUCUUUUUAUCUAGGCCUUGUUUGGAUUCAGGUUAUUUAAAUAAUUGAUAAUAAUUUUGAGGUAAGUAUAUUUUUGGUAAAAAAUAUU